AUGCCAGCCACCGCUGAGCGCGAUGAAAGUGGUGCUUCGGGGCUGGAAUCAGCGGUUGAGGGUGCAGCAAUUGCUGGUGGUGGUUUGGCUUUGGCUGGACAUAUCUUGCAACAACGGCCGCGCAGUCGAUCCACGUCCCCUCCAGUUGCUGAAAAAGCCAUGACUAUUGCCCCGAAGUCCCAAAGUAGACCCUCUUCGCCAGAGAUGACUCGAGACGCCGACCAGUCCCCGAGCCGCCGCCGGCUAUCCAUGGCAAAGUCGACCACUGAAUCGCCAACUGCAGUGCCUUUGCAUUUCCGUCGACCCCCGACGUCUCCAAGUCUAUCACGCGCCGUGCCGGUUGCUCCCCCGUCGCCUACGACUGAGUCACCAGGGUCACCCAGCCAGUCCCGCCAUCGCCGUUUGAACUCGGUCGAGUUUAGGAAUUCUCGCGAGAUUCGUCCCCUGUGGCUUGUCGAGCGCCAUGGCUCUACUAAGGGCGAGAUGGCCGAGGCUGAUGAGCCGCUUCCUUCUCUUCCCUCCAGCAAGACCUCGUCUCGCGCUCCAUCAAUCGAAGACCUACGCACACUUAAUGACGAGGAUGCCGUCAGGAGCUGGGAGCCGAUUGAUCUCAGCCCAUCGAUGUUGGAGCGCCGCCGGCCUCUUGACCUGACGAUUUCCACCACGCAGGCCAACGAACCCAGUCACGAUACUGACCUGCUUGACUCGCAGCAGGCGACUCCCACUGCCGAAGACUUUGGCGUUGCGAAGAAGGAGAAGCCAAAGUAUGAGUUCCACUCUCCCUCCGAACUUUUGCAGGACCCUGCCGCGUUCCCGGAGAUGCCUCACUCACCUACCAUGGAGGCUCUUCCUUCUGCCGAAGGAUCAAUGGUUGGAAGUAGGGAGCUGGAGACUCCCAUCCAAGAGAAAGGGGUUUCUAUUGAUGAUGUCCUCAAGGGAGCUGGAUUCGCAAGUGUUGUUGACGCGGCGGUCAUUGCCGCUGCAAAAGGAAGCGAGGAACAUGCCUCCGAGGAGAAAGCAAUCCCUGAUUUUGAUUCUUUGACGAAGGAUGAGGUACAAUCUGCUUCUACUAGAGACGUGUUCAGCGCGGCCCAGCCAGAAGAAGGCCCUGAGCCGUCACUAGCGCCAGCUGCUAAAUUUGGAGGCUUUGCCGAUAUUGUCGAUGCCGCGGUUGCCGCCGAGGGGCCCCAGGAGAAGACCACUGAAGAAGAGGCGAUUGGCGAGCCCGGCACCGCAGUUGAAGAGAAGGCGCCCUUUGAACUGACGUCGGCUCCAGAAGCCGAUCCCGAAGCCUCUAGAGAACUGGUCCCCGAGCCUGUCGAAGCUGUCAUUGAGCCUGCUGAGGUUACUCCUACUGAGGAGCCUGCUAUCGAAGAGGCUGCUGCAACAUCUUCUUCGAAGAAGAAAAAGAAGAAGAAGAACAAGAAGGGCCAGGCUAGCCAGAGUGUUGAUUUGACCUCCGAGCCUGUGGAACCCACUCAGGAACCUGAAGAGCAGACUCCUAAGGUCGAGGCAUCCGAAACUGCACCUCAGUCUGUUGAAACCGAACCAGUCCCUUCAACCCAGGCUGCCACCGGCGAUGAGAUCUCUCUUCACCCCAAGCCUCAAGCGGAACCGAUCCAGACAUCUCGAGAAAUCGAGCCCGAAACUGUGGAAGUCGCGGAACAUGACAACAUCGAGAAUGUAACAGCUCUUGAGCCUCCAGUUCAAUCUGAAAACCCUGCUGCUCCCGCCGAAGAAGAAGCAAUCUCUGUUCCUGAGGUCCUGGCUGAGGCUACAGCUGAUGUGUCUGCUCCUGUUGAUGCUGAACAACCUGAAGAUGCGGCUUCUUUGUCCAAGAAGGCGAAGCGCGACAAGAAGAAGCAGAAGAAGAAGGCUAAGAGUAUUUCUUCUGUUGAACAGACUGAGGCUGAGGGUGAGGAUGUUGCGAGCGCCGAGCCGUCUGAUCCCAUUCUUCCUUCGGUAGAGCCAUUCGCGGAACAACAGCAGACAGCCUCGGAGGCCGCUCUCGUCAAUGAACCUUCAGAGCAGGAUGCGUUCCAAGAUGCUACGGCCGAGGCUGGACACACUGUUGAGCCAGAGGCGCCCGCCCCCGAUGCUGUUAGAGAAAUCGUUGAGCCUGUAGAGCCGCCUUCCCUCGAAGAGCCCGCAGUCCAGGACACUCCUUCUGCGCAAGAAUCAACAGUUCGUGAGGAUUCGAGCAAUGCAAUCGAUGAAAAUCUGGUCGCGGAAGCCCCGCCAGCCGAUAUUUCUCUUUCUGAGCCUCGGGACGUGGAAAUCAAGGAUGACUCUCAAAUUGAACAAGCUAUUGUUCCGCAAGAAGAGACUUUCGUUCCAGCUGCCAUUUCUGAUGAAUCCCCCCAGCUGGAGAAGCCCGUCGAGUCUGACGACGAUCUUUUCCAUGAAGCUGUUGCUGAGCAGCCGCACCUCGCUGAGCACCAGAAAGAGCAGCAACUUGACCCCUCUCAAGAGCCCGCGGCAGAGGAAGCGUCCUCGCUCGAGUCCGAGGGUGUCAAGGCAGAGGAGGCACAGGACGAGCAACAACAGCCUAAGAAGAAGGGCAAGAAGAAUAAGAAAAACCGCAAGUCUGUUACUUUUGAGGAUGCGGAAGCCCCCAUCGAGCCUGAGUCAGUUCCUGAAGCUCAGCCGGAGGAGCCGACUGCGGAUGUCAAACCUGAAGAGUCAGGCAAUGCUGAGGCUGUUGAAACCCAAGAUCCUCUGACUGGCGGUGAGACCCAGCCAUCCGAGAAUGAACAACCCAUCCAGGUUAUGCCUGAACCUGUGUCCGAGGAUCCAGUUACUUCCAAUGCUCCCGAAAGUACUGGAACCGGCGAAGUCGAGCCAGCUCCAGCUCCUACUAUGGAGGAUCUUGGGUCUGCCAAAGAGAUGUCUGUUGAGCCUGAAGCUCCAGCUGCUGAACCCGAGCCUGAGAUGCCUUUGACUGCGGCUCAGAAGAAGAAGGCCAAGAAAGACAAGAAAAAGAAGGCCAAGCAGCAGAGUGUCUCCUCUAUCUCUGACGCGGAAAAGCCAGCCGAGCCAGAAUCUUCUGAAACCCAGCUUGCCGAAACUCAGGCCGUUGAGGAACAGCCCAUCGAGGAACAGCCCAUCGAGACACAGCCCAUCGAGGAACAGCCCAUCGAGGCACAGCCCAUCGAGGAACAGCCCAUCGAGGAACAGCCCCUCGAGGAACAACCCUUCGAGGAACAGCCUGCUGAACUUGCAAAGCCCGCUGAAGAUGCCCCUGCUAGUAGUGGCUACGCCGCUCCAGAAAUCUUGUCUACCGUUGAAGAGCCAAUCGCUGAUAUUUCAGCCACGGAAGAAAAGACUGAAGAGCCCAUUGAGCCUGAGAAGUCCUUGAGAGAUGCCUUAGCUCCUUCUCUAACUCCUGACGUGGCCGCAGACGUACCUGUUGAUUCUGCAGAUGCAGAGAAAGCACAAGAUGAGCCUCGGCUUUCUCAACCCCAGGAGUUGGAAGACAAGUCACAGCCCGCAGAACUGUCGACAGAGCCUGAAGUUCCGAUGACUGCAGCCCAGAAGAAGAAAGCCAAGAAGGUCAAGAAGAAGCAGCAGCAGCAACAGCAGCAAAGUAUCAGUUCCAUUACUGACGACCCCUCAGCGGCCGAGUUUGCCCCUGGUAUUACACCAGAAGCGGAUGCCGCCGAGGCCAGCAACGAUGCCCAGGGUUCCCCAGCACUGGAGACUCCGGUCACAGAAGACAAGCCUAUUACCAUAGAUACUGAAACCGUUGAGUCGACCAAGGAGCCGGAUGUUACUGGACUACGCACCGCUGAGCCCUCCACCGAGCCCGUCGCUGAGCCUGCUGCUGAGCCUGCUGCUGAGCCUGCUGCUGAGCCUGCUGCUGAGCCUGCUGCUGAGCCUGCUGCUGAGCCUGCUGCUGAGCCUGCUGCUGAGCCUGCUGCUGAGCCUGCUGCUGAGCCUGCUGCUGAGCCUGCUGCUGAGCCUGCUGCUGAGCCUGCUGCUGAGCCUGCUGCUGAGCCUGCUGCUGAGCCUGCUGCUGAGCCUGCUGCUGAGCCUGCUGCUGAGCCUGCUGCUGAGCCUGCUGCUGAGCCUGCUGCCGAGCCUAUCGUUGAGCCCUCCAUCGACGUUCCUCUUGUUACCGAGGAGCUCGCUGCUGCAUCUGAUUCUGCUCAAGUGGAAGAGAACAAAUAUGAUCCCCAUGAUAUUGAACAGCCAAGUGAAGAGGUUUUGGCCUCAAUUUCCCCCGCUGAGGCUCCUCUUGCCGACGAGCACAUUGACACUCCUGAGGAGAUUGAAGCUUCGCCAGUCGAGCCAGAAGUGCCGAUGACUGCUGCUCAAAAGAAAAAGGCCAAGAAAGAAAAGAAGAAGCAGGAGAAGAAACGCCAGUCUAUGCUGCCUGACGAGCAGCCAGCAAGCGAGAUUGAAUCUACUCCCGCGCAGCAGCAGACUUCCGAAAGUCUUCUUGAACCAUCAGUUUCUGUCUCUGAUGACACCAAACCUGUCGAGGAGACUAAGGUGAUAGAUACUCCUUCAGCAGAGGCGAAUAGCGAGGCAAAGACCGAGGCCAAGCCAGAUGCCAGUGAGGACCAAAUGGUUGCUGAUUCUGAGAAAGAUGUCUCUUUGCAACCAAUUGCGGAUGAAGCGCUUCCAACUACUGAAGAAUCUAUGAUCGGGCCUGCCACUGACAUUCAAUCUCGUGAAAUCGACUCUCAAUCUUCCGCAGAAGCUCCCGGUCCGGUUGAAUUCAGCCAAGACUCGAAAGAUAUAUCAAUUGGACAGGACUCUACUUUAGAUACGUCUAUGGAGCAGACGGCUACGGCUGAACUUGCCACUAUGGAGCAAGCUGGUGAUGAGGCUAUUCCUGCUGUUGAGCAAGUAUCGGAGCAAGCCACAGCUGAGGAACCCCCAGUGACUCCUUCAUCCGAGGGCCCCUCCGCAGAUCAAGUUGGCAAUGAACCAGCGACCCCGAAGUCUAAGAAGGACAAGAAGAAAAAGAAGAAGAAGAACCAAUCAUCUGUUCCUGACGAAGAGCAACAGCCUGAGCCUGCCAAUGAGGAAGAACAGCCUGAGUCUACCAGAGAGGAGGGUCCAAUUGAGCCUAUUGCUAUUGAAAAUGUCGAGACACCCGCCUCUAUAACGCUAGAGCCCCCUUCGCUAGCAGACCAUGCAGAGGUUCCCGAAGAGCCUGUCUCGGAAGAAACCCCCGCAAAUGAAGUUAUGCCUGAUCGAACCAGCGAAGAGACCGCCGAAGAAGCUUCACAACCCACGGAACCCGAAAUACCAAUGACUGCUGCACAGAAGAAGAAAGCCAAAAAAGACAAGAAGAAGCGCAAAUCUGUUGCCUGGGAUGAUGAGUCUAUCCAACCUGAUCAGCCCGCUUCUCAUACUGAAGGUGCUGCGCUCAUUGAGACUCCAACUACCGAAUCCAGUCCCAUUGAGGGCCAGGGUGAUUCAAUUGACAAGAUCGAGAUUCCAUCCGAGACGCCAGCAGAAAAUUCCAUUGAUGAGGCUGUCGAGGUUACAGAAACAACCCAACCUGGCUCCAAUGCUUUCUCUGAGGCUGUGUCUCUGGAAGCCGCCACUGAAUCCGAGCUCAAAGAGCCCCAGAGCGAAUUGCCUGUCCCGUCCCAAGAUGAGGAACAGCUCGAAAAUCCUGCUGAAUCUGCAGCGCUCUCUGAUGAGCCGCUUCCUGAUGCUGAAAAGACACAACCCCAAGAGGAAGAAUCUUCAACCCCAACUGCAGACUCUACAGAAAAAGCAGCAGAAACGGCAGCAGAAAUGGGCCUGUCUGCCAAGGAGCGCCGUAAGCUCAAGAAAAAGGAGAAGAAGAAGGCUAAGUCUGUGGACUUGACGGACGAUUCACCGGCAAUUACUGAGCUUUCUCAAGAGACGGAGGCUUCGGCGGUAGCCCUCGUCGACGCUGCUAAGGACCCAAAGCUAGAAGGACCCAAUUCUGGCAAUUCAGAGGCCCCUGAUGCCGCAACAGAUGCUAACUUUUCAAGUGAGGUUCAGCCCUCCAGCCCGGCGGGUGGAGAGAUCUCUGAACAACUAUCUAUUGAGCCCCAGGAAGCGGAGGUAGUUAUUGGCGAUGUGAACCGCGAGGCCAUUGAUAAUGCACCUGCUGAACCUGAGACGACCGCCUCUAUCACCCAGCAGCCCACCAUCGACGAACCCGCAAAGUCUGAGCAGCCUGAAGGCCAGUCGCCUACAGAACUAUCACCCGAACCCGAGUCGAUCAUUACGGAAGUCGCAGAGGAGACGCAUGGAAAUUCCACGGAGCCCGAACCCGAGCCCGAAUCCGGUCUGUCUGCCAAGGAACGACGCAAACUCAAGAAGAAAGAGAAAAAGCGCCAAUCCAAAAACCUCGAUGCCGAAGGAAAUAGCUCCACAACCGAAGCCCUGCCAGUCGAUUCGCGCGAACAGACCCCAGACUCGACCGCAGUAGAGCAGCCGCAGAUAGAGACUCGUUCUUCAGAUUAUCCUCCCCAACCCGUGCUUGAGCGUUCGUUUGAUUUUGGCGAAGCGAGUGGUAGCGAUGUGCAGAAGGAGGGGGUGGAGCAUAUUUUUCCAGCUGGCGAAGAGCCAGUUGUUCAUGACGUUGAGAAGAACCGGAGCAAGGAAGUGGAGAGGGAUGAUUCAGUGAAGCAAGAGGAAGGUAUUUUGAAUGAUGCACUGAAUGAAGAGAGCAUUAAAAAGGAGGAAGGUGAACAGGUUGAGACUGGAACUUUAGUCCCGGAGGAGAUGCCGGAGGUGGUCGAAAAGGAGUUAACUGAAACCGUGCCGGUGCAAGAGGAAGUUGCUGAGGAGGCCGCGGAGCCGGCUCUAUCCAAGAAGCAGAAGAAGGAGAAAAAGAAGAGGCAAAAACAGCAAGAAGACAAUUCUGAGGAAGUGGCAUCGGUCCAUGAAUCGGAGCCAUCCCAAGCGCAAGAAAGCGAGGAGCCCAAGGGUGCUCCCACAGUUGCCGAAGAGACUGACACCAUGGCAGUUCUCGAACCUAGCUCGUCUUCUGCGCAGGAGGAAAUGCAAACUGGUGAAGAUAUGCUGGUGGAGCAGGGCCGGGACAUCUCUUUAGAGUCACCUGUUCCUCAGCCGUUUGGUAAUGUUGAAUUCCCCCUUCAGGCCAAAGUAAUUCGAGAAGACGCUGCUGUUUCGGAGCCUGAACAAAUUGAGACGGCACAACUGUCAAGAAAGUUGAGCAAGAAGGAGAAGAAGAAGCAGCGCCAAGCUCUUCUUGCGCAACAAGCCGAAGAACAGAUAGAGCCCGAAACCGUCGAGGUACCUGUUCCCGUUUCAGAGUCUGCCGAUGCCAUUCUAUCCAUCGAGCAUGACGAGAAACACCAUCCCAACACGGAGGAACCUUCGACCUUAUCUUCGGAUGUGGUUGAUAUCCCAGAGCUUCACAAUGAGCCUUCAAUCGAAAUGACAGUUCCCAAGGCUGAAGCUCCAGAGUCCCCCUCGGGGCCUAUCGUUAACUCGGGAACUGAAGAGCAUGAUACGCCUCUCAAUGUUACCGAUACUCAGAUUGAUGAGCCAUCCGCCGAGACGUCGAGGGAGCAGCUUGUCCCUGAAGCACCAGCAGAGCUAGCAGAGCCAGCAGAAGGACUGCCUGAGGUUUCCAAGAAGAAGAGCAAGAAGGAAAAGAAGAAAGCAGCUGCAGCUGCAGCUCUUGCUUUGCAGCAAGCAAUCUCUAUGGAGUCGGAGAUUACAGAAGAGCCACAGGUGGCGGAAGAAGUUCCUGAUAUUCCAAAAGAUCAGCCCGUCGUUCAGGAAGUUCGAGCGACUGAAUUACAGACCUCAUCUCCAGAGAUUUCCACUGCUCAUGAUGCUGAAGAGCAGUCUGAACCGGUGACACAGGAGCACAUGGCAAGGGCCCUCGAAGAACCUGUGCAGGAGCCAGAUCAACAAAUUGAAAGCCCACCGGAUGACCUAGAGCAGGCUGUUUCCGAAGUGCCCAUUUCCCGGAAAUUGUCCAAGAAGGAGAAGAAAAAAGCCAAAAAGCAGACUGCACAGGAUUCUAUUGAUUUGAGUGUUAACCCUGUCGAUGAAAGUCUCGCAAAAUCUCGAGAUGCUGUCGACCCUGAGGCUUCGCUCCCGGCUGAGGCGGCCAUGGCGGAGGAGACAAAAGAAACCGAGGCCGGCCAGGGGGUCCACGAUCCAUUACCUGAAGAACCAGCAGCGCUAGUGCCAGUACCUGAAGUUGUUGAAGCUUCUCCUACUCCAAAUGCCCCGAUCGGUGAAUAUUCCAGUGCCCAAGUCGAAAUGACUGAGAAGGACGAAAGCGAAGCCAUCGUUUCCUUAGAUCCAUUCGAUGCGCCUUCCUUCCACCAAGUCGAUGUUCCGAGAGGUAUGGAUGAUCCCUCGGACCCGGCCACUCAUAACGUCCUUGACAAGAUAGACUCUCAAGAGAACCAAACCCAGAAGGAAGAGUUAGAGGCCAAGCUUGGCAGCCAAGAUCUUGAGAAGGAAGCCGACCUCGAGGUAGCUGGAGAUCUGUUCGAAGACCGACCUCGAGAGGCCCAAGUAAUUGCACCUCUUUCCAAGAAGCUCUCAAAGAAGGAAAAGCGCAAGGCCAAGCAAAAAGACACCAUGCAACAACUUCCGAGCUUAGAUGUCGGGGGCGUUUCUGAUGCCCCUCCUGUGGAAUCUCAGGCGGCUGACACAGCCGUAUCAUCCCCGGUAGCCGAAGCCAGGCAAUUGGAGGAGCCAGAAUCGACAAGGGAACUCGAAGAAGAGCCAGCCAAGCCCGAGAACAUCGAAGCCUUGAUUGAACCCCAAUCGGCAAUUGAGCCAGAAGCCUUCACUGAGCCUGUUAUGACUGCCCCUGAGGCUGAGCCAGAGGAACCAGAGCCACCACUUUCGCGCAAAGCUUCCAAAAAGAAGUCCAAGAAGGCCAAGAAGGCCAGCGAGGCCUUGGAAAUAGAGCCAUUUGUUGACACCACUCCCGAUCAGCAAGAAUCACACUUUGCUCGUGAGCUAGAAGAGUCUACGCGAGAGCUUUCAAGCCAAAUCCCGCACGACGCCAAGCAUGCUGAAGACGAGUGGCCUACAAUAGAGUGGGAGCAUGGGAAAUCUCACAGGCCUGAGCCCCCAAAGGAAACGAUACAUGAGACCGAGCCAGAGCUCGGACUGAUUCCUACGCUGCCAGAGUCAGAGGUAAUUGAGGAGUUUGAAGAAGUGAAUAUCCCCAAUACUCUGGAUGAUGCCAAGCGAGAGAUUGAACCUUCAGUCGAAGAGGAAGCUUGGUCUGCGCCGCUCAGCAAGAAAGACAAGAAAAAGGCCAAGAAGAACAAGCGCAAAUCUGAACAAGCUGCCUUGGCCAAGCUUGGUGACCAGCCCGAAGAGCCGCCUCAUAAGAUGGUUGAAUUGGCCCAUGAGUCUCACCCCGAGCCACCAUUCGAGGAUGUGGCUGCUAAGGCCGUUGAGACUGAGCCACCUGUCCGAACUACCACUCCUGGUGGCUCCAAGGUUGCACACAUUUUCCCUGGUUUGGAACGUGGAGGGUUUCGGCGUUCGGCCGUCAGGAAUUCACCGUCGCUAAAAGAUAGUGCUGAGGAAGAGACAGUAGCGGACCUGGAAGCGAAUCGCGACAUCGCGAUCCCCGUCUUGGAAGCACCCCUAGCGACCCAUGAAAAGAAAGAAAUUGCCUACAUUGCCGACUCCAGCCCGACGCCACCUACCGAGGGCGAACGAGGUGUCUUGUCUACGUCUGGUGCGAUUGAUGCCCCAGCCGGGGCCUUUGCUUCUCCGGAUGAACUAUCGACGGAUCCUGAACCAGCGGUUCACCGUGAGAAACGCAUUGAAGAACUGUUCCCAUCGCCAAUGCGCGCGGCUUCUCAGGAACGAUCGGACAUGCUCUUCGGACCGUCCCCUACACCUGCUGAAGAGGAGCCACACUCCCGGCACCUAUUGCCCUCUCAGAUGGAGGUUGCUGAUGCUGCUCCCUGCGGGUUGCGCCGAUCGCCCUCCAUCAUCCACGGACGACAUCAGCACACUCCUCGAACGUGGAACUUGGACGAGGCUAUAAUUCCAGCUCAAGCUCCGUCCCCGCCGCGGUCACUGUUCGGCCCAUUCGGCGAACACGAUCCACUCUCUCGGCCCCGGACCCCGUUGGAUACGAUCGCGGAGCAGGAACCCGCUGAUGGCAACCACGCAUCCACGGCUCAACGCGGGACGCCCCGUCUGGAGAUCAAGCCCGAGCACGUCCUUCCACGUCCACACACUCCCGUGCGCAAAUUCACCGACAAUUCUUUGGCAAGGGAACAGUGGCCGACGGACAAUGAGUCUGGGCCGAGUCAUGAUGACCUUUCCAAGUCCAGCGGCGGCAAUGGCUCGCCUGUCUUGAAAACUCCCGACCAGGGGAUGCCGGUAUUGAAGCCCAGCGGGAGCAAGGGCAAACUGCGUCGAACGAAUCGCAGCACGAGUAGCGAUCUGCGGGCGGCUAGUCGAGCACUAGACUCCCAGCCCCCGCCAAAUCUCGAUCUCGAUCAGCUUCCCUCUUCCUCCUCCUACGACCCCAUCACGGACAAGGGCAAGCGCCCCGUACGAAACAUGGCCGAUGUCUACGUAAGUGAAGAAUCCCCAAAAAAUUUUUCUAAUCGCCUUGAUUGUCUCAGCAAAGCGUGGUGA